AUGCAAACAACCAUUGCUGCAAAGGCCAUAACGAAGCAGAACGCCACUAUAACGCAUAAUAUUGCUCCGAUGACCAUCGCAACAGGCCCCGGCUAA